AUGAGACUUAACAAUCUAAUUACAGAUAUUGUUUUUGUUGCAUUCAAGGUUUACCACCAUAUGAAAACUCGAGGGUACUCUAGUAGAUCAUUAAUGUCCUUGAAGCUGGAUAUGGCAAAAGCUUAUGACAAGGUGGAAUUGUCUUUUCCAGAGGCAAUUAUGCUCUGUUUGGGUUUUGCUCCUGUUUGGGUCUCUUUGAUGCAAAUUAUUGCUGGGAUGUGUACAGUUCCUUUUGAUCCGAGAGGUUAUUCCAGCUGGGUUCCACUGUUGCCAGGUCUCAUUAAAUUGAAUACUGAUGUCGGUAUUCUAGUGCCAGAUAGGAUUCAGGUGGGGGUAAUUUUUAGGGAUGAAUUUGGUAUGGUGCUGGCUCCCACGUUGAAGGUCAUUUGUGGUUCAUGGGCCUUGGAUGUAUCAGAAGCUAUGCUCUUCCAAAGCAGAGAAUGUUCCAAUAAUGGCUUGGGAUUUGUUCUUCAAGACUGUGUAGAGUUUGUGCAUAAUCUGAUUAAUUGUUCAUGGACCUAUGUGCGUUGGUUGGGUAAUGCUCUGGGUCAUGCUUUGGCCAAGUAUCAAUUUGAUGAAGGUAGUGGGCACGAAAAGGUUUGUAUAGAAGAUGUUCCUAGUGAUGUUGCCCAUUCUGUUUCUCAGGAUUUGUCUUUGCUUUGA